ACCGACGGACGAAACUGACACUGUGUGGACUGUACUGUGAAAAAGCAGCAGAGUUAUGUACUGUGCUCAUCCUGUCUCAGGCGCGGGCAGCAACUCACUGAUGUAUUGCUACAACAUGAAGCCCACUUAUGGGCAGUCCCCGGGUAGUGACGACUUCAAUCAGAACUCAUCCUUACAUCCGUCUAGCAAGGCCUCCAGCAAUGUGUUUGCCAGCACUUUUUUGGAGGGCACAAGCAAUUUUCCCGACAUCUGGAGUGCAGUAAACGGACUGAACCAGCAUGGCUAUGAAGGUGCACUGGGAGUAACCAGCAGCCACCAAACGCAGGCGGGGAACUACAGCAGUCUGCAGCCGCACGGCCACCUGGACUACUCUCCACACUCGGUGAUUGCAACAGACAUGAACAGAGGUCUUCCUCCCAUGUCCACGUUUCACCACAACAAUGCAUCAUCACAUGCCCCGUCGAUCAACACAACAGACAAUUCCACAGUCUCAGGAAACCACACAAAUGUGCCAGGAGGCUCACAGACUGGCGAUACAUUGGGCAAAGCGCUGGCGUCUAUUUAUUCCCCCGAUCGCACCAGCAGCAGCUUCCCUUCCAGCUCGUCCACUCCUGUGAGGUCCCCGUCGCCUUUGCCAAACGCCAGCGAACCCGCAGGAACCAAUAUGUGGCCCCGCAACUCUGUACAGACACCUGUGUCACCACAUUAUGAGUCCUCACUUAUAUCCAUGUCUCAGGUUGAGGACAGACUGGACAGACUGGACGAUGUCAUCCACGUUUUAAGGAACCACGCCGUCGGUCCCAUGCCCAGCCUGCCCGCUGACAUCCACAGCCUGCUGAACCAGAACCUCCUCGGCCGGCCAAACCCUGCCAGCACGCUCGCGCUCACCUGCCACACCCCAACUAUGGUUGAGGCUGUCACCAUGAACAACAACCAUUCAGCCUUCCAGGGGCGCACACAAAAUGGACACCCGUACCCCGCUAGACAAGGGACCACGCUGGAGCCGAUGUCGGGAGGAUGCAGAGGGAGUUUGGGAAUUCCAGGAAAUGCGGAGCUGAAAAUUGAAAGUAUUGAGAGGGAAGACAUGAUGCACACCAGCCACAGUUCCGACAGUCAAAGGUCAGAUGAGGAGAGCGAACUCAAGACGCAUGGAGACAACGGCACGAGGGACAGUAUCCACGAGGACGAAGAUCUAAGUCCGGAGCAGAAGGCCGAGCGUGAGCGCGAGAGGAGGAUGGCCAAUAACGCUCGGGAGCGUCUGCGCGUACGCGACAUCAACGAGGCGUUCAAGGAGCUAGGUCACAUGUGUCAGCUGCACCUGAAGAGCGAGAAGCCGCAGACCAAGUUGCUGGUGCUGCACCAGGCCGUGGCCGUCAUCCUCAGCCUGGAACAACAAGUCAGAGAGAGGAACCUCAACCCGAAAGCUGCGUGUCUGAGGAGGAGAGAGGAAGAGAAGGUGUCUGCUGUCAUGACAGAUCCUCAGUCCAUGCAUGUCGCAUUUCAUCCAGGUCUGACCGAUCCUGCAAACCCAAUGGGCCAUCUCUGAGGCUCCAACCGGUCAACAAUUCCAAUUUAACAAUGUGGACUUCAUGCUUCCAAAUUGAUCUUUAUGAGGAUAUAUUUUUAUUAACAUUUGGUUGUUAACACAGUCUGAGAGGAGCUCUAAAUUGUGUAUGGGAGGAUAUACUGUAUCGGACACUACAUGCACAAAAAAGUUGGGCAUAACUGGGUUUUUGGGUUGAAUUUCAAGAUGAAACUAAAAUGCACUUUAGCCUACAGAUGAACGUAAUUUGACCUCUAAACAUUUCAAUGCACAUCUCACCAACCAGUGGCGGUCCAAGGCCUCAUCAUAGUUAGUGAGAGCCCUUUCGCUACCCCACCACACACACCACCAACACACUCAUGGACACACUGAUGAAUUGAACAUCCAUCCAUCCAUUUUCUGUACCGUUU